AUGAACGCAAAGGCAGUAUACGCAAAGGCAUGGCAGGAGUCAGCCUAUACAUCCUUUUUCAUGCUUCAAUUCUUAAUAGAAAUCUCCAAUAGAUCCUGGGAUGAUUUCGUUGCAUCCGGGACUUGGGAUAAAUCUAUACUAGAUCACGCGCUGGAUAAUAUCGAUCCCGUCAGACUUGUCCCAUUAUGGGAAAGCGGCGAUGGAUUGUGCACGUCGUUCACAAUUUUUGUUUGUGAGUGUAUAGAGGGCGCGGACUUUAUUUUUCAGAAUAGUUCAGAUGGGGGCCAUCGCGCCGCAGUAAGUCCUAGUGGUCUUGUUGUGGACUCGUCAGCAAGGACUCUUCUUUCCGGAGAUCAAGGUGAAGAAAUGAAAGGGUUUAAAGGAACUUGGAAAUUUGUAAAAGUUCCACAUCUCACCCUCAGCUUCAGAUCAAUUCGCGAUGCUACCUUUAAAGAUUUUACUCCGCUACAAAACAAAACAGAGGCUAUUAAAAAAUGCCUACGUCAACUACAUGGAACCAAAAAAUUUAUAUGUCUAUUUCGGACAAUCGAAUCUGGGACUUUACGAUUUAAUGGCAAGAUCGAAUGGGACGUUGUUGCCCGUAAAAUUACCUGGAGCAGUCGAGGAGUGGACGGCUUUGAGGAAUCAUGUGCAAUCUUUAAUGGAGAUGGUAAUUUUAUGUCCCAGUUAGACUGUCUUCGGUCCAUACGCAGAUUCGGUAUGGCAGAAGGCAGGUCAGAGCAGUAUUCUCGCGUAAGAAUAGUGCUUAACAGGAUAUGGAAAGCUUCAGUCGACGUCUUCGGCUUUCCUCAGUUCUAUGAAAAGUGA